GCGACGCGUGGCGCGAUGGCGGCGGCCCCACGCGCGUGCCGGCGGCGCUGGCGGCCACGCCCGGUGCUGCUGCUGCUGCUUCUGCUGGCGCUGCCGCCCCCGGGGGGCCCGCCGGGCGCCGCCGCCUACUUCCCCGAGGAGCGCUGGAGCCCCGAGUCGCCGCUGCAGGCGCCGCGAGUCCUCAUCGCGCUGGUGGCGCGCAACGCGGCCCACGCGCUGCCCGCCACGCUGGGCGCGCUCGAGCGGCUGCGGCACCCGCGGGAGCGCACGGCGCUGUGGGUGGCGACAGACCACAACUCGGACAAUACAUCGGCUGUGCUGCGGGAAUGGCUGGUGGCUGUAAAGAGUUUGUACCAUUCUGUGGAGUGGCGGCCGGCAGAGGAGCCCAGGUCCUACCCGGAUGAAGAGGGCCCCAAGCACUGGUCCGACUCGCGCUAUGAGCACGUCAUGAAGUUACGCCAGGCAGCCUUGAAAUCUGCCCGGGACAUGUGGGCUGAUUACAUCCUGUUCGUGGAUGCAGACAACCUGAUCCUCAACCCUAACACACUAAGCCUCCUCAUCGCUGAGAACAAGACGGUGGUGGCCCCCAUGCUGGAUUCGAGGGCUGCAUACUCCAACUUCUGGUGUGGGAUGACUUCCCAGGGCUACUACAAGCGCACACCUGCCUACAUCCCCAUUCGGAAGCGGGACCGCCGGGGCUGCUUUGCAGUCCCCAUGGUGCACUCGACCUUCCUGAUUGACCUGCGGAAGGCAGCAUCCAGGAACUUGGCAUUCUACCCUCCUCACCCUGACUACACCUGGUCCUUUGAUGACAUCAUCGUUUUUGCCUUCUCCUGCAAGCAAGCAGAGGUCCAGAUGUACGUCUGCAACAAGGAGGUGUAUGGCUUCCUGCCGGUGCCACUGCGGGCGCACAGCACCCUCCAGGAUGAGGCUGAGAGCUUCAUGCAUGUGCAGCUGGAGGUCAUGGUGAAGCACCCACCAGCGGAGCCCUCCAAGUUCAUCUCAGUGCCCACCAAGACACCUGACAAGAUGGGCUUUGACGAGGUCUUCAUGAUCAACCUGAAGCGGCGGCAGGAUCGGCGGGAGCGCAUGCUGCGGGCGCUGCAGGAGCAGGAGAUCGAGUGCCGGCUGGUAGAGGCCGUAGAUGGCAAAGCCAUGAACACCAGCCAGGUGGAGGCGCUGGGCAUCCAGAUGCUCCCCGGCUACCGUGACCCCUACCACGGGCGGCCUCUCACCAAGGGCGAGCUGGGCUGCUUCCUCAGCCACUAUAACAUCUGGAAGGAGGUCGUGGACCGCGGGCUGCAGAAGUCACUGGUCUUCGAGGAUGACCUGCGCUUUGAGAUCUUUUUCAAGAGACGCCUGCUGAACCUCAUGCGGGACGUGGAGCGGGAGGGUCUGGACUGGGACCUCAUCUACGUGGGCCGGAAGCGGAUGCAGGUGGAGCACCCAGAGAAGGCUGUGCCCCGUGUGAGGAACCUGGUGGAGGCGGAUUACUCCUACUGGACGCUGGCCUACGUGAUCUCCCUGCAGGGCGCCCGCAAGCUGCUGGCCGCCCAGCCUCUCUCCAAAAUGCUGCCUGUUGACGAGUUCCUGCCGGUCAUGUUUGACAAGCACCCAGUGUCCGAGUACAAGGCCCACUUCUCGCCACGCAACCUGCGCGCCUUCUCGGUGGAGCCCCUGCUCAUCUACCCCACGCACUACACUGGGGACGACGGGUAUGUGAGCGACACGGAGACCUCCGUCGUGUGGAACAAUGAGCACGUCAAGACCGACUGGGACCGUGCCAAAUCCCAAAAGAUGCGGGAGCAGCAGGCGCUGAGCCGCGAGGCCAAGAACUCUGAUGUGCUGCAGUCCCCGCUGGACAGUGCUGCCCGCGACGAGCUCUGAGGGCCAGUGGCCGUGUCCCCGGGGCCUGCCACGCCCCCUGUGCCCCAUCCUGCAGACCCCCGGCAGGCUGCCCCGGGCUGUCCGCACAAGGCGGUGUCCAGCCAGCUCUUGCUCCGCAAUCACGUGCACGCAGGCAGCUUUCAUGGAGUGCCUACUGUAUGCCGGGAACAGGGCUUGGCACCAGGGGGAUCAGCGGGACCCAGACACCGUCAGUGGCUUCCGAACACUUGAAGUCCUUACCCUGUACCAGGCUCCUAUGUUUGGCACUGAGUGAUGCAUAAUUACUCCUUCCGUCAGGGAUUGAUUCAGCCAUCAAGCUUUUGUUGAUUCCCACCCUGCAAGAAUCAGCACUAGUGAAACAGUCGUUGUUUUAAUUCAUUGGUAUUUAUUGAAUGCCUACUGUAUGUCGGGCACCAACCAUUCUAGGCUCUGGGAAUAUUGAGAUAAACAAGACACUUCCCGUUCAUUCCUUCGAACACCUAUGAAGCACCCACUAUGUGCCUGGUACUUGUGACACAAAGAUAAGUUCUCACUGACUUAGAGCAUUUGUUGAGUGCCUGCUAUAUGCUAGGAACUGAGCUUGGUGCUGGGGGUGAAGAUAAGCAAGGUGCUUUCCACUCUUCAAUUGGUUUCUUCCCCAAACACCUAAAGAGCACCUACUGUGUGCCGGGCAUUAGUGAUACCAAGCAGUAUGGCAGUUGCUCGGCCAGCAUUGGAUCACCUACGUGUGUGCUGGGACACGUGUUAAGUGCUGGCCACCAAGAUGAGUCUUUUACUUCUCCAUGCAGCAGGCGUUAAUUGAGCGCCUACUGUGUACCAGACCUCAUGGACUCCCAGUGGGAUGAGAAUGGUUGGCUGAGUUUGAUCCCUGCCUGCCCCCACUCCCCCGCCCCCUGGUCACCCAAGCUGUGUGCAGACAAAAUCCCCCCACCACCCAGGAGGGAGGGUGGCUCUUCCCCCACCAGGGGCAGCUGGGCCCAGUGACCACGUGGCCACAGGCAAGCUCCCCUGGACCCUGCCCCCCUGGUGGGGGCCAGGGAUGAAGACAGGGGCUGGGUCUCCUGUGCUCACCCCUGCUCCCGUGUUGACCUGUCUCCCUGUGUGCUUGACCUCCCUGGCCUGCGUCUCAGGUGUGAGCUCUGCUUGCUCCGUGGGGUUCCUACCGCCAAGCCUUUGGUGGGACUCUUGGGGAGGGGCUUGCAUGGGCUCAGCUGCACCAGGGCACAGCCCAUGGCCUGGGCAGGACGUUCCCCUGCAGGGGCUGGAGGACUUGCUCUGCCUCCCGCCUGGAAUGAAUGUCAGAGCCAGUCAGUGGUGCUUUGCUCACUUAGGGAUAACUGCUCACUGGGUCAGGUCCUGGAUAACCUGCUUAUUUUUUUAUUAAAGGUUCCUGGUUGAUUUUCACAUAAA